AUGGCUUCGGCUUUUAUGAGUAUCCUCCUCCGUCUGGCAUAUGCUACUUAUCUGCUCUUCGUCAUCAGCGUUGUCACACAGCAGCAGGACAACCCUUGUCUACCUGCAGACGUGGAUCAUGAUGUUGGGGUGUGUGGGUUCAAUGGAAUCUGUGGAGUCUUCGGCUCUUCAUUCUAUUGCAGUUGUCGUCCGGAAUUCGACUUUCUCGACAAGCGUAACCAUUCAAAGGGAUGUGUGCAGAAUCCAUCGCAGCUACAAAGCUGCAGUGCAAGUGGCGCAGAAAUGAAGAGGCUUGCGGGAGUAGAUUUUCCUGGGAAUGAUUACGCGCGGUUGUUAUCCACGAAUGAAUCUGCGUGCCGCCAGGCAUGCAUGGAAGACUGCUAUUACACAGUGGUUAUCUUCGGCGUUAUUAACACCACAGAAACUUGUUGGAAGAAGGCAACGCCAGUAAGAUUCAGCCUACCAAACGACGCACGAACCGUUUAUAUGAAAGUCUACAGCGGAGUCUCCAACACAAUUCCCCCCAAAACGUCGGAGGAAAGAAACGACAAGGGGAAAACGCUUACAGUUAUUGGCGCAAUCCUUCUGGGUUGCUUCUUUGUAUUUGCAGCAAUUUUUUUAUUAAUUUGGUUGUAUACAUGCCGACCCAAGCUGGGAGAGUUGCAAGCGCAUCGAAAGUUUGAUCCAGUUGGGGUGAAGGGAUUCAGUUAUCAAGAGAUCGACGGUGCGACUAGAAGCUUAAAGCAAGAAAUAGGGAGAGAGGCCUUCGGGAAGGUCUAUAAGGGCGUCUUAUCUGACGGACGCGCAAUUGCUGUGAAGAAACUUGACGAUCUUCUCUUGCAAGAAGGACAUGAAGAGGGAGAAAAGGAGUUUAGAACAGAGAUGAAUAUCAUCGGGGCAAGCCAUCAUAAAAAUCUUGUUCAACUGUAUGGCUUCUGUAGCGAGGGCUCACACAGGCUUCUGAUAUACCAGUACAUGUCCAAUGGGUCUCUCAACAAGUUUUUAUUUAGGGGUACACAAGAUCUCGACUGGGAGCUGCGUGUUCAGAUUGUUUUGGGAACUGCAAGGGGAAUUCUCUACUUGCAUGAAGAGUGCGAAACCCCUAUCAUCCAUUGUGAUAUAAAGCCUCAAAACAUCCUACUAGAUGAAACUUACCGUGCUAAGAUAGCCGACUUUGGAAUAUCCAAAUUGAUUGGCGCAGAGCAAACGAGAACCUUUACUGCGGCCCGCGGUACCAUCGGUUACAUAGCUCCUGAGUGGCAUAAGAGUGGUGCUGUUACAGUCAAAGUGGACGUGUAUAGCUUCGGAGUGGUGCUCUUGGAGAUUAUCUGUUGCAGGAAAAUGUUCGAGUUGCAUGUUCCAGAAAAUGAAAUGGUUUUGUGUGAUUGGGUAUACGAUUGCUUCAAGUAUGGUCAACUUGUAAAAUUGGUGGAGCAACAAGAUUCCAGAGAUAUUGAGGAAAUAAAGUUGGAAAGAAUGGUGUUGGUGGGGCUAUGGUGUAUUCAAGAAGACUCUUCUCUGAGGCCAUCAAUGAAAAAAGUUGUUCAAAUGCUUGAAGGGACAGUUGAGAUUCCAGUGCCCCCUUUUCCAGAAGUUUCUUCUACCUCAAACCUAUGCCGUCUGCCUUAA